UGGUAAAAUUCUAUGAUGUCACUGUCACUGUAUACUUGCUCUAUGUUCUGGAGCAGGUGUAGGAUACUAGUUUUCCUAGUGACUGACUAACUGGAAUUGGUUUUUGAGGAAAGGGGACAAUUUGGCAGCGGUGGUUGGGUUUAGAGUGGAGGUGAGUUGAUGAUGCUGUCCUCCUGGCCAGUUCAUAUGGGGAGCAUCACUUGCAGCAUAGCCAUGGAGGCUGUGAAGCCCCAGUUAACCCAGAAGAGAGAAGUGAUCAUCAGGAAGUAUGAGCAGGGAUGCCGAGGACGGGCACAGGUGGAGCAUCCAGAAGAGGAGGACAUCAACACCCGCCCAUUCAUAAACUACCUGGGGAUCCUGCAGUGAGUGCCCACACCCACCACAGUGUGGAGCAGGGGCAAGAGAAGAUGCUUCUCAGGGACAGAAUCCUGGAGGCCAAGCACAGACAUCAGGAGGCUCAACGAGUUGAAAAGUGGUUGAAGAUGAUAAAGCACUGGACUCAAUAUCAGAGCAGCAAGAAGAUGGAGAGCCGUGUCUACAAAGGCAUCCCUCUCCCAGUGCGGGGAAAGGUGUGGUCUCUCCUGUUGGAUGUGGACAAAGUGAAGGCAGAUAAUCCUGGAAAAUACCAGCAAAUGAAGGAGCAGGGCAAACUAUUGUCAGAGCACGUCCACCAGAUCGAUGCUGACAUCAGGAGAACAUUCCAGAACCAUGUCAUGUUCCGGCAGCGUUAUGGAGUCAAGCAGCAGGCGCUGUUCCAUGUCCUUCUGGCUUACUCUGCGUUUGAUCAUGAGGCGGGCUACAGGCAGGGUAUGAACUGGGUGGCUGCCGUGCUACUGAUGUUCUUAGACGAGGAUGACGCAUUCUGGGCCCUGACACAACUCAUGUCGAAGCCCAAGCACGCGAUGCACGGAUUUUACAAGGCCAAUAGAACUAAGCUGGAGCGGCUGCAGCAACACCAUGACAACAUACUGAAGUGUCGUGUGCCAAAAUUAAAAAAACAUCUGGACAGCCAGGGAGUGUCUACUGCAGCAUACACCCAGAAGUGGUUCCAACAGUGCUUUGUCGAUGAGGCCCCCUUCUCCCUGGUGCUGCGAUUUUUUGAUGUUUACAUUCUGGAGGGAGAGGCCAUGCUAACGGCAAUGUCAUACACGGCCCUGAAGAUCCACAGGAGAUACCUUCUAAAGUGCAGUGGGAACAGCCUGCAUGAGUAUCUGCAGGACGGGUUGCGCCGCACCUGGGAUAUGCGGGAUGAUGCAGUGCUGAGACGGCUCCAGGCCACCAAGGAAGAACUGGUGAAGUUCAAGUGUCUACUGCCUCCUUCAGCAAAACAAGAGGAAAUGCCCAGCAUGCCCCUGGGCCUGGAACUCGCAUCCCUGGUUCCCGGGCCUCAGCCCACAUGUCGGAGGCGCAGGAUGGGCUGGCGACAGAACCGGGUUGGAUGUGCUGUUCCAGUUGAGUUGCAGGCACCACACACGCAAGUGGCAGCAGGUUCACGGAAUAACCCUGACCGCUUUAUGGUGGCUUCAGGUCCAGGGGACACCAAAAGCAUCUCCCAAGGGGCUUUUGUCUUCACCCCAGUGUUGCCCCUGAAUGCUGGAGAGUGUGGGCCCUCACAGCCUGAAAUCAAAAAGGAACUAUUGUGCCCUCCCAAACCUGCACAGCAGGGCCCAAGGUCUGGCAGAGAAGCCUGGUCCCAGGCAUGCUCUGCAGCUCGCCGCCGUCAACAGUCUGGUGGCAGAGAGUUCACCGCUCUGGAGUCCAAAAAGAAGGCUGAUGAGCAGUGCAGUCCUAGGCAGCCCUGCAAUAGCUCCGUCAAGGUCCUCAGGAUUCACAUCUCUGGUCUGCCUCACCCUGAUCUGGGACAGUACACGGACCAUGCAAGGCCUGGCAGGAUGGGCGUCCCUCCAUAAUGUGGCCCUCAGGGACCUGCAGACUACUGGCCCCCAAACGGCAUCACCCUUCAGGGAUCCUGCUCUAAAAAUACUUCCAGAUCUGUCCUGGUGCCAUUGGAACUGAGUUCCCCCAGCCCACUGCUGACCCAGCACUCGGGCUGUAGACUCGCACCCAGAACUGUAGCCCCUCAGCCCAUGCCUCUCAUGGUCAUGGACAAUCACCUACAGAGGCCUUCAGGAGCCAGGACAGGGCCACGUCAUUCCCCCAAGUCCCUGUAAACCCUACUAGCCUCCGGGCCUCCUCCUACACAGGACAGCAGGGUGUGUGGUCUGGGGAGGGAGGAAGAGCCCUCAUGACCCAGCCCAUGCUGAUCAGCAGCAGGCUCAACUUUUGCACACAACCUCCUUGUGUCCCAGUGCUCUCCUCAGAAACAUAGGUGCCUCUGCCUAAGAGACACAAGUUCUGAGAAUGCCAAGAUUUUUCUAUUUUUCACAUAAAGUUGUUCAUACCCUGAUA